AAAUUGAAGCAAACAAACAGCCAUAAAAUGGUAGGUGGUGCCAGAUUUUAAUUGGCCUGAAAACUGAUCAGAGCAUGCUUUCAGAGUUGCUGCUGCUGCUGCAGUAUAUUCAGUAAUUCAGACUGUUUUUACCCUGAAGAUUUGGUCUUGGUUACACUAGCUAGUAGUACCUUUUUUUUGUACAAGGGCUCUAGGUAGUACUUGGUGAGAAGGCUGCAGAGUGUUAGUCAAAAUUAAGCUGCUGACAGUGACAUGUACUGUGCCAAAUAUUUGACACAAGACAUGAUGCAAUGAUGUGCCAAAUUGCAAAUUGCAGUGCACCUCCCUUGAUAAAACCCUAGAUAUAGAUAGAGAUGGAGAUGCAAUGGAGCCUUGGACUGUCAGGAGCUGCAUCUGAUGGACGAGUCCAGGUCUAUUUAACUCUUAAUCCUGCCUGCUAAUGACAAUUUCAAGCCGGCUGGCCGGCCAGGCCGGCCUCUUGGAAGGCACGGCACGGCUGACAGAGAGCCAUCCAUGGUAGACCUAUUUAAGCAGCUUAGGUUGAAGAGAGAGCUUAGGCAGCUUAGCCAUGUCGGGCGACUGGGGCCCUGUGGUGCUCGCGGUGAUCUUCUUCGUUGCGAUGACACCGGGGCUGCUGUGCCAGAUCCCCGGCAACGAUGGCCGCAUAGCGGAGUUCCACAGCAUGCGCACCAGCGGUCUCUCCAUCUUCGUCCACACCGUCAUCUUCUUUGGCCUCUGCGCAAUCUUUAUGAUCGCCGUCGGACUCCACAUCUACGCCGGCUAGCGCCUGCCAUCUUCUUGUUCUUUGUAUGCAUGCUUCCUGCAGUGUAGGAAGUCAUACUACAUAUAUACCAAUAGGCUCUACCUAGUAAAGGGUAUGAGAACUGAUUAUGAGUGAGUUUGUCCGUUUGAUUUAGUUUCAUGUUAAAUUUGUCUUGGUCAACAAAAUAACAUCUCUGUCUAUUGCUUCC